AUGUGGGAGGGAAAUAUCACUGGUAUUACUGAAUUCAUCCUGGUGGGUUUCCCUACUGUCCCUUGGCUGCAGAUUCUUCUUUUCCUUCUCUUCCUCAUCACCUAUCUGCUUGUGCUUUUGGAGAAUUUUGUCAUCAUCCUCACUGUAUGGGUAACUGGGUGCCUGCACAAGCCAAUGUAUUAUUUUCUGGGCACUAUGUCCUUUCUGGAGGCCUGGUAUAUAUCUGUCACUGUCCCCAAAAUGCUAGCUGGAUUCCUAUUUCAUCCCAAUACAAUCUCCUUCCUGGGAUGCAUGGUCCAGCUGUAUUUGUUCAUGUCCCUUGCCUGUACUGAAUGUGUGCUUUUGGCUGCCAUGGCCUAUGACAGGUAUGUGGCCAUUUGUUGGCCUCUUCGCUAUCCUGUUAUGAUGACCACAGAGUUUUGUGUUCAGCUAACUAUCAGUUCCUGGGUGAGUGGCUUCACCAUCUCCAUGGCAAAGGUAUAUUUUAUCUCCAGAGUAGGCUUCUGUGGCAAUAAUGUGCUGAACCAUUUUUUCUGCGAUGUUUCACCUAUCCUAAAACUUGCCUGCUUGAAUUUAUCAAUGGCUGAGACGGUGGAUUUUGUGCUAGCCAUUGUGAUUUUAGUGUUUCCUCUCUCAGCAACUGUCCUUUCCUAUGCUUUCAUUGUCUCUACCAUCCUGCACAUACCCUCGGCCAGGGGGCAACGGAAGGCAUUCUCCACCUGUGCAUCCCACCUUACCGUGGUGGUCAUCUUCUAUACUGCUGUGAUUUUCAUGUAUGUCCGGCCUCGGGCCAUUGCUUCAUUCAAUUCUAACAAAUUGAUCUCAGCCAUAUAUGCUGUCUUUACUCCCAUGCUUAACCCUAUUAUCUACUGCUUAAGGAAUGAAGAGGUCAAGAAUGGCAUCAGAAAAACCAUAGCAAGGGGCCAAGCCCUUUUCUCAAAAGGCUCUUGUUGA